UGGGCGCCGCGGCCGCGGUGCCUCUCCCUCCACGAAUACCUGAGCAUGCAGCUGCUGAAGGAGGCCGGCGUCUCCGUGCCGAAGGCCCUGGUGGCGACGAACCCCGAGGAGGCCUUCCAAGCCGCCGAGAAGAUCGGGACCGAGGACCUGGUGGUCAAGGCCCAGGUUUUGGCUGGGGGGCGGGGCAAAGGGACCUUCGAAGGCGGCCUGAAGGGGGGCGUGCAGAUGGUGGGCUCCCCGGAGGAGGCCAAGGAGGUGGCCGCCCAGAUGAUCGGCAAGAAGCUCUUCACCAAGCAGACGGGCGCAAAGGGUCAGCUCUGCCGCCGGGUGCUCGUUUGCGAGCGCAGAUACCUGCGGAAGGAGUACUACUUCGCCAUCACCAUGGAGAGGGCCUUCCAGGGGCCGGUGCUCAUCGGCAGCUCCCAAGGCGGGGUCAACAUCGAAGAGGUGGCCGCCCAGGACCCGGAGGCCAUCGUGAAGGAGCCGGUGAACAUCGCGGAGGGCAUCCAGGAAGAUCAGGCCCUCCGGCUGGCGCGGAAGAUGGGGUUUCCCGCCAAGGCGGCCUGCGCCGCCGCCGAGAACAUGGUCAAGCUGUACCACCUCUUCAUCAAGUACGACGCGCUGCUGGUGGAGAUCAACCCGCUGGUGGAGGACUCUACGGGCACGGUGAUGUGCAUGGACGCCAAGAUCAACUUCGACGACAACUCGGCCUUCCGUCAGAAGGCGGUCUUCGCGCUGCAGGACUGGACCCAGAUGGACGAGAAGGAGCGGGAGGCGGCCAACGCCGAGCUCAACUACAUCGCUUUGGAUGGCGACAUCGGCUGUCUGGUCAACGGGGCGGGCUUGGCCAUGGCUACUAUGGACAUCAUCAAGCUCCACGGCGGGGCCCCAGCCAACUUCCUGGAUGUCGGUGGAGGCGCGACGGCGGAGCAGGUGAAAGAGGCCUUCAAGCUGAUCACGUCCGACCAGAAGGUCCAGGCGAUCCUGGUCAACAUCUUCGGGGGCAUCAUGCACUGCGACACCAUCGCCCGAGGGAUCGUCCUGGCAGCCACCGAGCUGGACCUGAAGGUCCCGCUGGUGGUCCGCUUGCAGGGCACCCAAGUGGAGCAGGCCAAGGUGUUGAUUGCCGAGAGCAAGCUGGAGAUCUUGGCCUGCGACGACCUGGACCAGGCGGCCAAAGUCGCCGUGGGCCUCUCCAAAAUCGUCACCUUGGCCAGGCAAGCCCAGCUGGAGGUGACCUUCCAGUGGAGGACCUGA